AGGUUUCUCAAGUGACAGAAAACUUGCUGGAAAUAAAGGGCCAGAUGGCUGUGCUGCCCAAUUCAUAGACAGGCCUCUCGGGGGAAACCUGGGAUGGUCCCACACUGUCAGCCUCUUCUCUGAGGUCAGCAGGUGGGCCUGACCCCUCCUCAGUGCCUGUUGGCAACGAGGAGAGUGACAAGACUCGGCCUGGCUUUAGGGAGCAGCUGGUUCUGGAGCCGGAUCAGCCAACGGUGCUGAAAGCCACUCAGAGUCAGAGGAAACAUGAGCAAUCCUCGGCCCUUGGAAGAGGAGGCAUACGACAUGUCAGGCGCCCGCUUGGCCCUGACGCUGUGCGUCACCAAAGCCCGGGAAGGUUCAGAGGCGGACCUGGAUGCCCUGGAGCGCAUGUUCCAGCAGCUGGGGUUUGAGAGCACCAUGAAGAGGGACCCCACCGCCCAGCAAUUUCAGGAAGAACUGGAAAAAUUCCAGCAGGCCAUGGAUGCCCGGGAAGACCUCGUGAGCUGUGCUUUUGUGGUGCUCAUGGCACACGGGGUGGAAGGUCGUCUCAAAGGGGAGGACGAGCAGAUGGUUGAGCUGGAGAGCCUCUUCCAGGUUCUGAACAACAAGAAUUGCCAAGCCCUGAAAGCCAGGCCCAAGGUGUACAUCGUGCAGGCCUGUCGAGGAGAACAAAGGGACCCUGGUGAAACAGUAGGCUCAGAUGGCAUCAUGAUGAUCGCAAAAGACAGUCCCGAAACCAUCCCAACGUACACAGACACACUCCACAUCUACUCCACCGUGGAGGGGUACAUCGCCUACAGACAUGACAAGGAGGGCUCCUGCUUCAUCCAGACACUGGUUGAUGUGUUCACAGAGAGGAGAGGCCCCAUCCUGGAGCUGCUGACGGAGGUGACCCGGCGGAUGGCUGAGGCAGAGCUGGUUCAGGAAGGAAGAACGAGGAAAGUGAACCCCGAAAUCCAAAGCACCCUUCGGAAACGGCUUUAUCUGCAGUAGAAGUAGAAAGGGUAGCAGGGGCUCUCUUUCAGGUCCUCUGUCUGCCCCACAGAUAUUUAGAGGCAGCUUUCACCACUUUCCCAAAAUUUUCUUUCCCCAAGGCCAAAUGGCACCAGCCCCUCUUUCAUCACAUCCCUCAUGCAGGCCCUCCUCCAAUCCAUUCCUGUCCUUCUCAGAACAAGCCAGGUAAAACUGAGCACAAGGCAUGGUGGUAACAUUAACAGCACCUCCCUCAGGCUGGAAUCUCUACCUCUAUCAAUGCAACCUAAGAGCCUAUUCACUUACCCUAAUUUCUGCUCCUAUUUUCAGCUGACAACCUCUGCUUUCUCCCAUGAAUCAUACCUAUGCAAAUGUAACUGCACAAGGCUCAAGACUUUCCAUCGAUAAACCAAUGCCCACUCACCACCUCCCACCCCAACCAAACCCUGGCUGGCUCCUGAGUCUCACCCAGAGUUGUAAUGUCCUCCUGAGAACCACAUCCAUCCCCCUCUCCCAGAGACUCCCUUCCAACCCUGGAAAUUCAGUAAGACAAAAAUUGUUCUCUCGCCAAGAUCCUUCUUCCUUGGCUUAGCACGCUGGUGCCUUGACACAAUUCUCCUUCUAGCUCAUGGGAUUUCUCUGGCUAACGGAGCUGCCUCCUCCAUUUCUGGGUCUCUCCCUCCCAAUUAAUGCCAUGCACACACACACACACUGCACUCUGCUCUCUCUCCAAGAAAAUCCAUCUGCUCAUUCGUUCUCACGGUUUCAACUUUCAACCACCGAAUCAGAGUACAUUGGAGCUAUGGCAAAUCCCCUAGUGUCACCUGCUAUAUUUCAGACAGUGUGAUAGAGGCCCAGAGAGGUUAAAUGGCUUGUCAAACGCCAUACAGUGAGUCCAGGUCUGGCUUCCAAUCCAGCUCCCUUGCCCCUGCCGGCUAAGCCUUGACCCAUCAGACAACUUUUCUGAUUAGAGGAACUGCCUGAUAAAAGUUCUCCCUACCUUAGAGGUAGAAGGUCCCUGGAAGACUCUUAAGGAUCUGUGAUAACCAGCAGUCAAGGUUGCCUCGCUGGGAUUUCGGCACUGGGCUGGAAUUUGGAGCAGAUGCACUGCCUUCCGAGUCUCUGAUGCACGUCUCCCCAUCUCCAGCCCUGACCUUUCCCAGUCAAAUAGCCUGUGGGCAGAUCUGCCAUCAUUGAAAAUUCAUGGCUAAAGAGGAGUCCUUCCUUGCAGGCCCCUCCUCCAAGUGUUCCCUGACACUCUGGACCUCAGACCCUAGGUUCAGAAUUUCGUAGUUUUCUAUGACUUUCCUCUUUUUCCAUCUUCAUAUGCCACUAACCACCACAACCAGCCCAGCCUGACUUUGAAACAGUUUUCAUAUCUGUCUUCUCAUCUCUUACACGUCGCUCUUCAGGCUCAAGUCCCAUCCUCUCACGUCUGGGUCUUUGCACCUGCUGCCUUCCUUGCCUCUCUGCCCAUCUCAUCCCUCAUCUACUCUCCACACCAUCAACAAGUCUCGAUCUUCCUAGAACACUCAGGAAGACACAGCAGCACCCCACUAUUUACAGACCAAGGUCAAACUUCACAUCCUGAUUUCUCACACCCUUACAAUUCCAUCUCCUACCAGCCAUCAGCUAAAUUCAUUCCCCAUCUCCCGCUCCGUGAAUUCACUCUUCCAACAGAAAUAAUGUCCUCAUACUCAUCCUCCCUUUGCCAAGCUAGAGUCCCUUCUGUCUCCCUUCACCCCUUUCCACUACGUCCCACCUCUACUUAUUCCGGAGAGCCACUCCCAAUAUUCUUUCUAGUUGAUUCCACUCUCUGGCCCAGGAUGAGACACUGACGAUUGCAGUUUCUUAAGGGCAGGGGGCAAGUCUUUGAUGAACAUAAUGGGUGUUCAAUAAACAGUUGUCAAAGUUUAAAAAUA